AUGCAGGCCGCGGCUACCAACGCGCCGACUCGCUCUCUCCCGCUCUCUAGCUGUAGGUUCAACACCUGCUCGGUGGCGGGGAGCUGUCCCUCGGUCCAGCGCUGCGGGAGUCGGGGAGGUCCGAAGCACGCUGGCCAGGCUCAAGGGGAGUUCGACCCACAGCGGACAGAGUGGGCAAAGGGACAGCGGUUCGGCCGGGCCGAGAGUCCUCCUGCGGAGCACUCCCCCGCCCGGGAGAACCUUGCCCCUAGGACCACCCCGCAGCGAGGCCCCACGGGCUUCCAGCGGCCGAGCCGAGCAGCUGGACUCGGGACCGGGGAGGGGGAAGGCGAGGCGGCCGUCCUGGAAGAGGCAGCUGACAGUCGAACCAGACCCCCGAGAGAGGGCAGCGGGGCUCGAAGAGUUGGUGGGCGCGAGGCAGAUACUCAGAGUCAGCGGCGGAAGCGUCUCCGAAACCGCCGGGGCCCCAGCACGGCCGGAGAGGAAGUUCUUUGCAACUUCGUUCGAGACGUCGGAGAGCCGGGUGGAGAGAGGCUGAGGUGGCAACCGUCCCGGAACCGGGCCUCUACGCUAUGCCCCCGAGGCUGCGCGCGCCUUGCCCGCAGCUACCCCGAGAAGGGUCCGGAGCCGCCGCCUGAGCCAGCCCAGGAGGGAAGCCACCAGGAGUUGGGCGCCCGCUGGCAGCCGGACUGCAAGCUGGGCCGGAGCAAGCCGCCAGGCUUUGGCGGCAUCCAGCCGGGUACCCAGCUCGGGUCCCGACGAGCCGCAGGACAUGGAGGAGUGAAUCAGCUUGGGGGGGUUUUUGUGAACGGACGGCCACUCCCGGAUGUAGUCCGACAGAGGAUAGUGGAACUUGCUCAUCAAGGUGUCAGGCCCUGCGACAUCUCCAGGCAGCUUCGAGUCAGCCAUGGUUGUGUCAGCAAAAUCCUUGGCAGGUAUUACGAGACGGGGAGCAUCAAGCCUGGGGUAAUUGGAGGAUCCAAACCAAAGGUCGCCACACCCAAAGUGGUGGAAAAAAUCGCUGAGUAUAAACGCCAAAAUCCCACCAUGUUUGCCUGGGAGAUCAGGGACCGGCUGCUAGCAGAACGCGUGUGUGACAAUGACACCGUGCCCAGCGUCAGUUCCAUCAACAGGAUCAUCCGGACAAAGGUGCAGCAGCCGCCCAACCAGCCGGUGCCGGCUUCCAGCCACAGCAUAGUGUCCACGGGUUCAGUGACGCAGGUGUCGUCGGUGAGCACGGACUCAGCCGGCUCCUCGUACUCCAUCAGCGGCAUCCUGGGCAUCACGUCCCCCAGCGCUGACACCAACAAGCGCAAGAGAGAUGAAGGUGUUCCGGAGUCCCCGGUGCCCAACGGCCACUCCCUGCCGGGCCGAGACUUCCUCCGGAAGCAGAUGCGAGGAGACCUGUUCACGCAGCAGCAGCUGGAGGUGCUGGACCGCGUGUUCGAGAGGCAGCACUACGCGGACAUCUUCACCACCACGGAGCCCAUCAAGCCCGAGCAGACCACUGAGUAUUCAGCCAUGGCCUCGCUGGCUGGAGGGCUGGACGACAUGAAGGCCAACCUGACCAGCCCCACCCCAGCUGACAUCGGGAGCAGCGUGCCAGGGCCGCAGUCCUACCCCAUUGUGACAGGCCGCGACUUGGCGAGCACGACUCUCCCCGGGUACCCUCCGCACGUCCCCCCGGCCGGACAGGGCAGCUACUCAGCGCCGACGCUGACAGGGAUGGUGCCUGGGAGUGAGUUUUCCGGGAGCCCCUACAGCCACCCUCAGUACCCCUCGUACAACGACUCCUGGAGGUUCCCCAACCCGGGGCUGCUCGGCUCCCCGUACUAUUACAGUGCCGCUGCCCGGGGGGCUGCCCCGCCUGCAGCUGCCACUGCCUACGACCGCCACUGACCCUCGGAGCCAGGCCGGCGCCAAGCACUUACAACACAUAUCACUGAGGGCCAUAGCCUCCCAGCCCCUCUGAAGACAGCCAGAAGGGCCCAACGAGACUGCCCCCAGCAACCCCCCACUUGCCUGAAACUCCCUCCUCCCUUUGCCUGCCAGGACUCUGGGGUUCUGUGGUGGGGCUGUGGGACUUCUAGACACCUUCCAUUUCUAAGAGUCAAUGGAUGAGCUUCUCCCAAUGGCAACUGGGUCUCUGCAAACCAACAGACUGUUCUGCAGACAACUGCAGCCCCCAGAGCAGCCCGCCAGUCCCCCAGCUAUCUGCCCCUCCGUCAGUCUUCCUGCCCCAGGCCUGGGAAAGAGAGCUUGCUUUUGUUGCUUCAACAGCACCCAUGUAAAUACCUUCUUGCUUUUUCGUGGGCCUAAGGGUCCAACUGAGCAGACUGCCCACCUGUGAUGCAUCCUGCA